AUGCGUGCGAUAUUUAUCUCUUACACUGCAUUUUUGCUGUUAGUAGUUGUGGCUAUCGAUGGUAAAACGAUUGUGCAAAAGGAUGAGCCACAGGAUGUAGCGGACGUUGGUGAGCCGAAGUCUGAUCAAUCUGAACGCAAGGCACGUUUUUUUGCCCAAGGUUAUCUCGGGGCCAGUGGUUCGGGCUAUAGCAGCGGCAGUGGCAGCUUUGGAAGUAACAGCGGCUUGGGUGGGCAAGGUGUUUACGGUGGCCAAAGCAGUCACGGUGGCUUAGCUGGCUACGGAGGCCAAGGAGGUUUUGGUUUACAGAGCGGUUCUGCCGGCUACGGAUUAAGCGGUUUCGGACAAAUUGGUCAGGGACAAAGCGGUCAUGGACAAAGUGGCUAUGGACAAAGCGGCCAAGGUCAGACCAACCAAGGAACUUAUGGCGGACAAGGAUAUUACGGUGGCCAAAAUCUUGGUCUAGGUGCUUACGGCGUUCAAGGAACUUAUCAAGACAAUUACGCACGUCCAACCGGAUUAGUGGGCUUAAGUGGACAAAGCAAUUACAAUAGCCAAGGUCAGGUUCCAAGCAACGCUGGAUCUGGUAGCUUCGGCUGGUCUUUGGGUGGUCGCCCUCAAUCUAACUGGAAUCUUGGCGGGGGCUAUUGGGGUUAA